CCAACCAUACGCCUACACUCCAACAUACUCCUCAUCUCUACCUAGGUACACCAAUCUUUUCCUCUUUCAGAUCUGCGCUUUUUCAUUUAUUUGUUUCUGUGUUUACAAUAUACAUCGAAUAUCCAGUAUUACCCAAACCCAGAUCCUCUUUCGUCCCAUACCCCACACUCCAUACUCGACCCUUCCCUUGCCUACAUUAAACACAUACACUUCUCUUCUGUUCACGCCACCAUAACAAAGCUAGCCACCUACUUCUAUUUCUAGCUAGCUACAUCUGUUUUUUGUACCAUACCACAACAUUUUAAACGUAAUAGUUCUUUCAACAUGAAGUUUGGACAGCAUCUGGCCGAGUCAAUUCAACCCGAAUGGUCAUUCAACUAUGUCUCGUACGAUGAACUCAAAAACGUACUCAAGUCACGAACUGCCGCCCAGAUAUGGACGGAGACUGAUGAAGGUUACUUUGUAGAGCUACUUGAGCGUGAGCUCGAGAAGGUCUACAGCUUCCAAAAUGUUAAAAUUGGUGAAGUACACCGUAAGCUUUCCUAUUAUAGCACUCAAGCGCAAGAUUUCAAAAAAAAUGGGGCCCAGGAAGAGACCUGGAGAGCACUUGAAAUCGAACUCUACCGCCUUGUGGCUGAAAUUGAUGUUCUAGCCAAGUAUACCCGCCUUAACUACACAGGUUUGCUCAAAAUUGUCAAGAAGCAUGAUGUAGGUGAACAUGAUUCUAUCUUAGUAACGGCAUAUAGAUUCAAAUGGCAAACAGCAAGAUGUUGGUUUAUUAUUAUCGACAAUGUUGGCCAUGGCUUUCCUUUGAACUUGGUCUUCAUAGGCCCAGUUUUUUUUGUUGUUGUUGUUGUUGUUGUUUUAUCUAUGGACACAUUUUUGCCAUGAUGACAACUUACCACACG